AUGGAUUCAACGCGGACAAUAUCCGAAUUGAAAUCUGCAUUUAUCUGGAGUCAGGUCCGCAUCCUUUCUGAAAAUCUUCAACCACCAGAAAAUUGGAGGGACUAUGCAGUGGAGCUUGAGGAAGAAGCGCUACCGGAGAAGGUGAUUGAAGACGUACUACAGAAAGUCAAUGCGGCGGCAAAGCAACACAACCGCGUUGUUUACUCCUCCCAGGCGAUCCACCAUGUAGCCCACCAGAUAACCAGUCUCUACUGGGCUUCUGUCAGUCAGGAUAUACAAAACCAAGCUGUACUCAGAAAAGGUGUGGAGAAGACGACAGAUCUCUCUAAACACUUGAACAUCCUUGGCUUGCCAUUGGAUCUGGAAUCACAAGGCGCUAAUGAGGAACAAAAUGAGAGAUACCAGCGUCUCCGGGAUCGACUGGCCAAACUAGAUCAACAGCGCCAGCAGAAGCAGCGGCGAAUCGAUCAACUGCAGCAUUUAAAUCGCUUGCUCGAGCCUUUCAAGGAGCCUCAGGUGGCUAUUCAGCCCAACCUGGUCACUCGUGAUGGAGAGUUGGCCCAGGAGCUGGAGAAGAUGCGCAUGCUCAUGGCACGAGUUAGUGGCAGGAUUUCACAACAGAAACCCAGUCAGACACAAGGUGGAGAGGAAUACCUUCUCCCAGGAUCAGAUCAACGACUUGAAGCCUUGAUGGACACGGAGGAAUGA